AUGAAGAAAGGAAGUUCGCCAACAAAAUCUCCUGGCAAGCGCUCACAAAUUCCUGUACGCAGGAAAAAGGAGGAAGUUCCUAAAUCUGAAAUAUCUGAAUUCAAGGUGAUGACAUUUGCUGUUUCAACACUUUUCAAUGCAGGCUUUGAAGAAGUCACGAUUACACCUUCGAAGAGCUUUACUGAAAUCGAUCCAAAAGAAUAUAACACUGUUUUUGCUCAAAAAGUCAAAGAAUGCCAAAAAAUUUGUGAUUUUAGUAUCGGAGUUAAAGAUGUUGUCGCUAAAAAGACUAAAUCAGAUCUUCUCAAAGAUAUCAUGACCGCAUUCGAUUCACCUGAAAUCAUGCAUCUUCUUACUCCUUCUUCUUACGAAAAAUAUUUCAAAAUGGUAACUAAAAAUAUUUGCCGUCCAAUGCCGCAGAUCAAAAUAGUAUCUCCAUUAGAUGUUGACGAUCAAGUCCAGGAUACUGCAUGGCCUCAUUUAUUUUUAGUUUAUAAAACAUUGAAUACUUUAAUGGAAUCUAAUAAUGUUCCAACAUGCAACAACAAGAAUUUAGUACAAGCAUUAGUUUCUAAUUGCUGCGGACCCGAUGAUCGUGAGAGAUUUGCUUGUAAAGAUAUUUUAAGGAAAAUGUACUCAAAAUGUCCUAAUUUACAACAAUUGAUAUUACGUGCUGUUGUAUCCCAAUUCCAAACUAAGCAAUGCUCAGCUGAUUUAUUAGAGUUUUUCGGCAAAGUUGUUGCUGGAUACCAAGCACCGCUUACCGCUGAACAGAUAUCGACUUACAAGAACGCUGUACUAUUCCUCCAUAGCUCUCCCAACUUCCUGAAGUUCUGUCUUAAUUUAUUACAAGUUAUAAAUCAACAUAUUAAGUUAGACCCUUCACUUUAUGAACCAACGAUCGAAUAUAUAAUAUCUCAUUGGCCUUCAUUAAGUAUUCGCAAGCAGAUUCUCAUGCUGAGCGAAGUUGAAGGAUUAUUCCUCGGAUUUCCAAAAUUAUUAAAUGAAAGAUCAUCUAAACUCGUUUUUACACUGUUAUCUGAAUUGAUAACACAACCGAACAUUGAUUUGUCCGAGACAUCUUGCAAUGUAAUUAUUGGACCUGCUCUUGAAGAAGCAUUACUUGCAUUCACCCCUCUCGCUCAUAAGAUCCUUGAUGAGCAACUUCUCAGCGUCGCCAGAAACCAUUGGAAUGAUUUUGUCAGAGAUGACUCAAAACUUGCACUUCAAAUGAUGUCUGACAUCGACAAUGACUUGCUAGAAGAGACUCUCAAUAAUUCAAAGGAUACAAAGAAGAGGAAGAAAGCAAAUAAUCUUAUUUGGAAGACUAAUUGGGCAAAAGUCUUCGAAACAGCAAAGAGUAGAGAUAACAACAUCCAAGGACCUAAUCUCGAACUGUUCCUUUAA